AUGUUCGUGCUGCUGCCUGCCGACGGCUGUGGCGGCUAUGUCGCCCUGGCCGUGCUGUACGGCCUCGCGCAGAACGGCAGCACUGCCCUCUACCAGGUCGGCCUGUUCCAGAACGUCAAGGCGGCGUCGGCGGGAUCCCAGUCCUCGGUCGCCGGCACCGUCUCGGCCGGCUAUGGCCUCUCGGCUGCCCUCUUCUCCGCCGUCUACGCGCAGGCCGCGGCCGUGCUGCCGGCGCUGCUUGGGCGCGGGGGCGCGAACGCCUAUGGGCACCUCGAGGACGAGAAGGACGGCUCGAGGGGCGAGCCGACGACGCUCGGCAAGCCUCAGAUGCUCCCUUGCCCGUCCGGCGGCCCCGCGUCGGGGCAGGACCCGACCACCGGGGGCGGCUCUGCCGAGGAGCUCAAGCGUUCGCCCAGCGGCCUCGCGCCACGUCUGGAUGCGAUCGGCUCGGGCAUUUUUAUCGCAAACCUCUCGCUGAUGACUGGUUCCUACGGCAUCCCAGAAGGCGACCGCCUUCAGUACGUCCGGGCCGUCUCGUACUGCAACUGCCUCGGUCGCUUCUGUGCUGGAUGCUUAAUCGACGUGUGCGAGCGGCACGGGAUGCCUCGCGCCGCGCACUUAGUCUGGACAGCAGCGGUAUUCGUCUUGGCCGCAGGUGCCCUGCGUGCGGCGCCGGAGAGACUGCUGCCAGGCAUGAUUUUCCCUGUGGCGUGCGUGAUCGGCUUCGGAUAUGGCGCCAACUGGGCCGUCAUGCCCGCGUACGUCUCCGGGCGAUUUGAGGGCUCGCACGUCGGCGUGUGCUUCAACAUCAACGGGCUCACGAUGGCCAUUCUCGUGCUCCUCACGUCGUCCGCGGUCGGCAGGAUGUAUGACGAGGCCGCGGCGGAGGGCGGUUCGAAGGGCGGAGGCGACGCCGUGUUCUGCUCUGGGGCGCACUGCUGGCGAAGAGUAUUCGGACUGGGCCUCGCCUUGAGCCUCGCCGGCCUGGCCACGAGCGUGACGGUCGCGUUGCUCGCUCCGCGGCCAGCCGCUCGCAGUGCAGUGCUGUAA